CUUUUAGUUUCAUUUUCCUCAUCGCAUCCCGCCUCGCUUAGGGCGUUUGCUUCGUAAGGGCGAGAGACCGGAUUGAGGUCGGCGCCAACUCUCUGAGGGGCCAUUCUUUGCCCAAAUCGCGUCGGGCCCGCAUGCGAUGUCGAAAUUUCGCAACAUUGUCAUCCUCACCGGCGCGGGCAUUUCCUCCGAGUCCGGGCUCGCCACGUUUCGCAAACAAGACGGGCUUUGGUGCAAUCAUCGCAUUGAGGAGGUCGCCACGAUGGCCGCCUUUCUCGCCAACCCCGAACUGGUGCAUCGUUUUUACAACGAGCGCCGGCGGCGAUUGCAGGCGGCGGAGGUAAAGCCGAACGCCGCGCACGACGCCCUCGCGCGGCUCCAGCGGGCGAUGCCCGGGCAGGUCCACCUCAUCACCCAAAACGUCGACAACCUCCACGAGCGCGCCGGCUCCACCCAGGUCCUCCACAUGCAUGGCGAACUGCUCAAGGCGCGAUGUCGAUUGACCGAUACGAUGUACGACAUCUCGGGCGAUAUUCAUCCGGCGAGCGAUCGCUGCGGGUGUUGUCAGGAACUCGGCACCCUGCGGCCCCACAUCGUGUGGUUUGGGGAGAUGCCGCUGUGUAUGGACCAAAUCGAGGCGUGCUUGGCCAAGACGGAGCUUUUUGUCUCGAUCGGGACCUCCGGGCAGGUGUAUCCGGCUGCCGGGUUCGUCACCCGGGCAAGGCUGCGCGGCGCGCAAACUCUGGAAAUCAAUCUCGAGAAGACCAAUGACUACAAUGAGUUCGAACAGACGUUGAUCGGAAAGGCAAGCGAGGUCGUCCCCAAGUGGGUGGAAACCAUGUUGGAUGGAUCUUUCACGUAG